CCCCAGCCCACGUCAACGCCGAUCCACUCACACCAUCGACACCACCUGACCUCCCCCCCUCCUCCCACUAUAAAGCCCCAAAGCCCUCUCUACUUCUCUCCUCUCUCCUCACAGACGUCCACCAGCGUUCCAUCAACACUUGCUCUCAGCACCUCUACCUCACCACCCAACCCCAACAACAACCACCUUAACCAGUGCCCAACAUGACUCGUACCGAGCGCAACACCUCUCCCGCCGCGAUCAUGCGCGACCGCCACUCGCGUACAGGCCUCACCAAGUCUGAGUUUGAGCGCAAGGGCGGAGCCGGCGCCCACAACUGGGGCUCGCUUAACGACGAAGAGCGGGCCGAGCACGAGGGCCGUCUCGACGCCGAGCUGGAGACUGCCAUGUUCGACGACGGCUCGGCCCCCGCCGACGGUGACAAGGUCGAAGACCUGCCCGAGCGCGAGACGCCCGCCGCGCCCCAACGCCGGAUGAGCCAAGUGUCGGACCAGGAGCGUGCCGACGCCCUCCGUUACCGCGAGGGCGGGCUCAAGCAGAACGGUGUCGACCUCGCGAACAUCGCCCGUACGAGCCACGGCAUCGCCCAGAGCCCCCCCGCCAACUCUGUCCUCGGUACCAGCCCCCUUCGUCAGAAGUCGGGCUUCUCUGCUCAGUGAGCAGCCAUAGACUCAUUCGCGCAUCCGCGCUCAAACCACCAAACACACGUAAUCGCAUGGGGUCCGUAGCAUGAAGUGUAUAGUAGUUGAAGAACAGUAGUGAAAGAUGAAAGAAGUCACCAG